AUGGUACAAGCUACUCAUCAUCACCGGCCGACACUCAAGCAGCAAAACAAGCCGUUCAAGUCGAAGCAUGCCACGAAGGGAUCAUUGAAGGAGGCUGCUAAAGGUAAACUUAACCGGCAGUAUAUCAAAAGCCCACACUCUGCGGCGACCGCGGCGCAGACCCGGCUGAACAGGAAGAACCACGCGAAGCAGGUACAGCUACGGAAGAGACAAGUUCUUGUGUCUGCGACUCGGUUGUUCAGUGGCGUCGAUGGUGUCCCGCGGAUAGUUGCAAUCGUACCUUUGACCCCAGAUGUCGAUACCGCAUCUGUUGUGGCCGCCAUGCAGGAGCCUCUAGAUGUUUCGGACGAUGUCCCUCGACAGGGGCUGUACAGGCUUCGAGCAGACCGCUUCAAGACCUCCCUGCAGUUCGUCAACGUGCCAUACCGACGUUUAUAUGCCGCACUUGAUGCCUGCAAAAUAGCAGAUUAUGUUGUGUUUGCUCUCUCUUCCGAAGUUGAAGUCAACCAAUGGGGCGACACGCUUCUGCGCACCCUCCAGGCGCAGGGUCUGCCGCAGGUCGUCACCGUAGUUGCAUCCUCUCCGCCUAUGGACGCCAAGACGAAGUCUGGCAUCAUGAAGUCGCUUCUCUCCUUCAUCCAGUAUUUUGUCCCCUCGCAGGUUCGAGUAUACGACCUCCAUGCGGCGUCGGACAAGCUCAAUGCUCUGCGCACGCUCUGCGAGGGUGUGCCUGAGGGCGUGAAGUGGCGUGAAGGUCGCGCAUACAUCCUUGCAGAAAAUGUCGCGUGGGCGGACGGCAGCUUGGCAGUCACUGGCUUCGUGCGCGGCUCGUCGCUCUCUGCAAACCGGUUGGUCCACUUGCCGAACUAUGGAGACUACCAAAUAUCCAAGAUCAUGUCUGCGCCCUUACUGAAACAUUCUAGAGGGGGCCAGUCCAGUGCCAUGGAAGUCGAGCCGGAGUUAUUGGCAGAACCGGAUGCUAUGGAUGCGGACUCGCUUGUCUCCAGUAACGAGCCAGACGACCUUGCGAAUGAACAGACUUGGCCGACGGAGGAGGAGAUGGCUGGUGGAUCGCACUUGAUGGACGACGGCCCGAUCCCGGCUGCGAAGAAAGGUACGACGCCCAAGGCCGUCAAGCGCGUGCCGAAGGGUACCAGCUCGUAUCAGGCAGCAUGGAUCGUCGACGAGAGCGACGAAGAGGGCGAAGAGGACGACGAGGACGACGGCGCGGAGGGAAGCGACGCAGGCACGGCGGAGCGGGACGUCGAGGAAGAAGAGAUGGUCGAGAUCGAGGAGGGCGAGAACGCCGAGACAGCGACGGAUGGGCGCCGGAGCGUCGCGUUCCAGAACCACGAGGACCUUGACAUGGAGGAGGAAGGUCGCCAGCUUCAGACAUGGCGGGACCGCAAGCGCGAGGAGGAAAACGACUUGCAGUUCCCGGACGAGGUCGACACGCCGAUGGACGUGCCAGCGCGCGUCCGCUUUCAGCGGUACCGCGGCCUGCGCUCGUUCCGCACGAGCCCGUGGGACCCGUACGAGAACCUACCACGCGACUAUGCGAGGGUCUUCCAGUUUGAGGACUUCAAGCGGACGGAGCGGGCUGUCAGGCGGCGCGCGGAGGAGGAUUCGUCUGCUGCUCAGCCCGGUACUCGCAUCACUGUCUACCUCAAAGAUGUACCUAAGGAGGCCGCUCAGAAACCCUUGUUUCCGUCUGUAAUCUUCGGCCUCCUGCAACACGAGCACAAGAAGUCCGUCCUCAACUUUACCGUGCAGCGCAAUACCGAGUAUGAUGGCUCCGUACGUUCGAAGGAUCCCCUGAUCUUGUGCGUCGGUCCGCGCCGCCUGCGCGUGAACCCAAUCUACAGCCAACACACACGCGGCGGCGGCAAGGGUGCGAAUAAUGUACACAAGUCUGAGCGGUACCUCCGGCAUGGGGAUGUUCAUGUCGCGACGACGUAUGGUCCCGUUGUGUUCGGCUCGCAAUCGUGCAUGCUGCUGAGAGAGACAGCAGACCCUCAAGCCCCAGAGCUCGUCGCAAUGGGCAGCUUCCUUGGCACGGACACGACGCGCAUUAUUGCGAAGCGCAUCGUGCUGAGCGGACACCCGUUGAAGGUGCACCGCAAGACGGCGACCGUGCGGUACAUGUUCUUCAGCGCCGAAGACGUCGGCUACUACAAGCCCGUGCAGCUGCACACGAAGCACGGGCGCACGGGUCACAUCAAGGAGUCGCUUGGCACCCAUGGCUACUUUAAGGCGCACUUCGACGGGCAGAUCACACAGAUGGAUACGGUGUGCAUGUCGCUGUACAAGCGCGUGUACCCGAAGUGGAGCGAGCUCUGGCGAGAGGAUACACCUACUCCUAUGCAGGAUGGCGACGACAGGAUGGAAGAAUAAUGUAAAAUGCAGUGGCGUUGUUCUUGGUAUAUGAUUAUGGGUUGUUGUAACAUCUCCGGAUGUCUGUAUCUAGCUUCCUUGGAAUGCCCCAAUUCAAUGCAGGUACCUCUGAAUUUUAGUACCUAUUUUUUC